ACUAUGUUCGCAUCGCCGUAAUGCUGACGAGAAGAGCGAAGAGGAUCACGUCAUAUGAUGCUUUGAAAUGGGGAAUCCACCAUGUCGUCGUUUCGUUCCCUGCCCCACCGAACGGAUAACAACGACCAUCACCAACGUCCUUCAUCCACCAUAACUUCAGAAACACACACAAACUCUCUCCCCAGACUAAUCCCCAGCCUCGAAAUCUUCCACCCCAUCUAAACACAUAAACACCGAUAAUAAUAAAAACCCCCGUCAAACACUACACAAAAUGGUCGCAAUGGGCGGCGGACCAGAGCUCCCGCACCCCCCGCACGCAGCAAAGGAGAAAGAGCUCGUGCUCUGCGUCGUGCCGUUCCCUGAAAACGCGGCCAAGAAGGGGAUUGAAAAGGUGGAAGAGGAGUUUGAAGAUGUUGAGGUGCGGUAUUAUUACUCGAGGGUUGAGAAGGGCAGGCCGGUGCAGAUUGAUAUCCCUGAAGACCUCAUCCACCGCGCCACCUACAUCUGCACGCUCUUCUGGCUCCCCCCAACCGCAUCCUCCAUCCCCUCGAUAAAAUUCAUCCAAUUCUUCAACGCAGGCAUCAACAACGUAGCCACACACCCCAUCUACACCGACUCGACCAUCCCGCUGUGCUCAGCCAAUGGCGUCCACGGCCCCCAGAUCGCAGAAUGGGUCGUCAUGAUGGACCUGCUGCACAGCCACGGGUUCGUCACGUACUGGGAGCAGCAGAAGCGGCGGGAGUGGAAUUCGCGGUAUCAGGAGGUGGUGGUGAGGGACCGUGUGGGGAAACGGGUUGGUGUGUUGGGGUAUGGGAGUAUUGGGCGGCAGGUCGCCCGCGUGGCAAAAGCAAUGGGCAUGGAUGUCCUCGCCUACACGGCCUCCCCUAAACCCACGCCCGAAUCCCGGAAAGACACUGGUUUCAUAGUCCCGGGGACCGGCGACCCAGAUGGCAGCUUCCCCAGCGCAUGGUACAGCGGCACCUCCAAGGAAGCCCUGCACGAGUUCCUAUCGCAGGAGUUAGACCUGCUCGUCAUUGGCGUGCCAUUAACAAAAUCAACGACCCACCUCCUCUCCACCCCCGAAUUCGAGCUCCUCCACAAAAGCAAUCCGCGCGGCACCUACGUGGCCAACAUCGCGCGCGGCCCCAUCAUCGACCAAGCUGCGCUCAUCGCAGCGUUGGAAGGAGGCCUGAUAGGUGGCGCCGCCCUCGAUGUGACGGACCCGGAGCCGCUGCCGAAGGAGGACCCGCUGUGGACGGCGCCGAACUGCACCAUCACGCCGCAUGUGAGCGGGAAUACGGAUGCGUAUGUGGACCGGGCGUUUGAGCUGUUGCGGGAGAAUAUGCGGCGGGAGAGGGCGGGGGGGAAGCUUGUUAAUGAGGUGGAGAGGGGGAGGGGGUAUUAG